AUGCAGCAGCCAGCGGAAGACGCCGCCCCCGAGCUGCUACGACGCAAUGUGCCGUCUUUGAAGAGUAUGUUCAAGUUCCGAGGACAGUCGGAGGAUCAGGGCGUUGUCCGGAAGUCAUCGGGGCGAUCGAGUUCGUCCACGCCUCGAAAUCUCAUCGUGCCGGACUUGACGGACCUUGGCGAAGCUCAGCUCCCCACUGCACAGCCUGAGGAAAAGGUCCCUGUGUCCGGAUCAGCAAGGAAGUAUCGGCAGAGUGAUGGCUCUAGUGUCCCUCCAGUUGAGUCCAAACACAAGACCAGCACACAAUCUAAGGCACCGCGUUCGUUGCGUGGUAAACUACAUUUCUACUGCGGCGAUGGCAAAGCAGCAGUCGGCGCAGCACGUAGUGCGAGAAGAGCAUUGGGUUAUCUAUCGUUGCAACAGGGUAUAGCCUUCUUAAUGCUGUUGGCUGGGAUGCUGUCGGAGUCAGGCACACCAGCUCCGCGUUACAACGUUCCCAUUGCCAUCGGUCUCAUCUUACUACCAGCGGCAGAAGACGACAGUGUGCAGCGUGAACAUCACCGCCUAUAUAUUACCGGGCUAGCACUGGCCACUGCUAUUGACUUCGUGUGGCUCAUGCGUCCGCAAGAAGAGGCAUUCAAUGGCUACUUUGUGGAAAGCACCAAGAGCUUCACCGAUGUAGGAAUCGCGCUAUGUUCUCUCGCCAAGAUCAGUCUCAUAUUCUGCAACUACUUGGAGCUCGUCGACACGGAGCCACCACUUGAUGAUGACAGUGUGGAGGCUCGAAAGGCGCCACAAAUCGCACCGCCCAGCUUCCGUUUGUGGGAUAAACUCAAGUUCUUCUUCCCAAGACGGACAUUACCUAAACGUGCCGAACUGAGCCUUGAAGUGCUGCACCGUGUACUGGUACUCGCGUGGAUACACCUAUUCUGUGGUAUACUGCUGCUUGGCCUAGGACUCAUCUCGACUGCGUGGUAUUCCGGACGCACGCAGUUCCGAGUUAACCCUGUAGGCAUUCCGCUCUACAUCAUGCUGCUGCUUAAGUCAGCUACGACGUUGUUGACUUAUCUCACAGUCUCUCAUCGGAUUAACUACGACGCUUGCCUCGAGCUCUACGGUUUGCGUUCGCGUGAAUCCAAUAGUCGAGUUCGAGAAGUGGACGGUGUGCAGAUUCGUUUACCACAGGAACCCGUUCUAGCUUAUAACCGAGCAUGGCUGCAUCGAGUACAGCGUGCAAAGGCUCUAGAUGGUAUUGCAGGAGGCUAUCUCUUGCUUGUCUUCUACGCAGCUCUACGUAGCGGGCAAGUAGUAGGUGGACGAGGUGUUCCAGCGAUGUUAGCCUGCAUAGCACUAGUUCAACUCGUACUGGAUGUGUGGACACCGCUGCUUAUCUUAGUGGCUGGACGAUGUGGCUUAGCAUUGUAUGUACUUCACCGUCGAGGUAUACCUGGGACGGAUCCACUGUUCCCGCCUCAACUUCGUUGGGAUGACAGUGAUGAAGAUAGCGAUGAUUCCGACAGCAGUGACGAUGAUAGCGAUGGUAGCGAUGAUUCUAACGGCGUUGUCUCGUAUCACUCAUCUUCAUCCAGUGGAGACGCCGACAGAACUCCAGCCGAAAGACGAGAACGCAGACUACGUCACCGACAACGACGACUUGAGCUGCGAGCAAGUCCUCGUGAGCCUCAAUUGCCCAUCGUAGACGCGGACGCUGUAGCAGGAGAUCAGACUGCACGUAGUGCUCGUGACAUCGCCACUGCUCGGGAUAUCGUGGACAAUGCCAAUAGUUCUGGAACGGGAGCAUGGGUGCGUCACUGGCACGAGGCAUCAAGAAGAGCUUAUCUUGUGCACUCGAUCACCAAUGAAGCAGUGUGGGAGGUUCCGAAACAGUCAAGUACACCACCGAUGUCAGCUCGACAGCCUGCAUCGGCAAGAGAACCCGCCAGACUCGACAGCACUCGAAUCACACCGCAAGCUUUCGAUGAACAUUGGAACGAGUUGGCUGAUAGCGGCGGCUUCAACUGCCGAGUCUCCCGGAUCCCAGAGAUCGCCGUCCUCGCUCGACAUCUACACGAACACGACUUCAUUGUCGUAUCCGAUGGUCUUGGUGUUUCCCAGCAACGUACAGUCCUGUUCUACGCGGAAGACUUUGAAGACAAUGAGAAUCCACGACUCAUGUUCAUGAGCGAGUUCGUCUUCGAUAGUCUGAGUCUGAAGCUGCGAGCACGUUUCCGAUGCACAGAACCUGAACAAAUUGUCCAGUUCGUCAAAAGGUUACAACUCAAGGAGAUCGUGGGCGCUUACGCCCCCUGCGACUGAAACCAACAUGAGCAAUACGAAUCUAUAAUAUUUGAGAACUUCCUUAUUGGUUUGGC